UAUAAAUUAAUGUUGGUGGAUUUUCAUUAAAACUUUUCAAACCAUUUCUAACUGGUGGCAGGAAAAGUGGCAAGAUUGGAAAUCUCAAAAACUGAGUGAAACCAAAAUUGCCAGACAUGCCUACGUCUACAGAUAGGCUGGCCAUUGGCCACCCAGUUUGAAACUGAGUCAGCAUUCAGGAAUGGGAGUUAUGUCCUAACCAUUUGGUCACUGCACACACAUUUCCAAACCUCCGCCCCUCCAAUGUCUUGCAAAGUAUUUUGUGCAGUACGGAAGACCGUAGUGAUCCAAGAGCAGUGAGUCGAGGAUUUCUAGCUCUCAAAAUUCAUGAGUUAAAAGCCAUGACUACAGAAGUAAAGAUGAAGUAUAAUUUAAUAUGGCAUGGAGCAACUGUAGAAACAGUGCUGGAAUAUUUGCUGCUUGAAGAAAAAAAAAAGAAUUUAACAAAGCAUCAAAUAAAAUAAGUCAGAAUGCUGAAGUCCAGCAAGUUGAGCCAGAGCUGAAAAAGUGGUUAUGUUAUCAGUCCUUAACCCCAUUUGCGUAUCAAUGUGAAGUAAGACAUGUUUCUCAAGGGGUUCUUCAGGCUGAAAAUAUUUACAGCCACAGCUGGAAUGCAUCAUAACUGGUCAUCCUGUUUUGCAUGACUUGUCCAUUAGCGACUCUCACUCUGUGUUGCCCUUUAAACAAUAAAAAUAUUAUGUAAAUGCCUUCUCCCUUCUCUGGAUAUUUUGGAGGGCAAUUCAGGAUAAAGGCUGUUAGGUGAAAAUGCCAAAGUACAUUCUUCUCAUUUAUUUGACAUACAACAACUAGUGUGUAUGUUACAUUUUCUCCAGUGUCAUAUUCAUCCUGGCCUGAAAGAGAAGCACAAGUAAAACCUGUGCCACAGUACUGAGUAUUGUGAAAGUAUUCUCACCUACUGUAUAAUUUUUUUACAGGUGUACAUUGUAGUGUAGUGACAAUCCAGAGUCUUUGCAUGCCCCUCACAAAAGCAUAUACGAGAGAGAGGAGGUGGAGGUUAGACUAACUCUGUAAAGCUUCUGCCAGUCUUCCAAACAGUGUCUUAUUCAGAUACUGUGGCUUAGCUGUGUACGAUCUCUUUGAGCACAGCCUAGCCUCCAUCUCUUCUCUCUGCUUGUAAUAAAGCCUGCUGCAGGCCUGCAUUGAGAUCCCUGCCACUGAGCUGUAUGCAGCCCUAUUAAUAUUGGAGUUACCUCACCAAUACCUGUGUGAAGCCUGAAGUUUCAACAGGCAGGAGAGAGAUCUGUCCUGAUGUUGCGGCUUUACAAAAAGGGAUUCUGUUCCUGAGUUGGAAUAGGAAUAGGAAUUGAAAGGAGAUGUGGAGACCUCCAUCUUGGUGUUGUAGCAACUGCCAGUGCUUCCUUCCAUAACCUGCUGUGGCUCCAAAGGUGGGUGUGGUGUUGAUUAGUUGAUGUUUUGCCCCUAGGAAUAAGCUGUGUGCCACCUGGUUCAGCAGGAGGUGAGAUUAUGCCUAUGACUUUGAACACAGGCAAGAAGGCUUGGCUUGGCUCUUCAGAUCUGAGGCACCGAGACUAAGGAAUAACUUGUAGAGCACAUCUAAUAUUCUUUUUUCUGCUUCCAUGAACAUCUGUGCCUUCGCUUUGUUUUUUCAGGCAGGGCAAAUCUUUGAAAAGGGAGGGUCUGCCUAGAGUUAGUGAGGCAUUAAAGCAAGAAUGGCAACCCAUAAGGCAAAUGCACAAUGCGAUGGAGCCAGAAAGAUGCUAUCUUCCUUAAUACAGUGGAACCUCUGGUUACGUACCGUCCUCCUUGCGAACGCUUCUGGUAACAAGCUCCGCUAACCCGGAAGUAGGUGCUCCAGGAAGCAAACUUUGCCCUGGGAUGUGAGCAGAAGUUGCGCGCCAGAGGCAUGUGCGCAGCGGGAGGCCCCGUUAGCAAAAGCAUGCCUCAGGUUAAGAACGAUUUCGACUUAAGAAUGGACCUUCAGAACGAAUUAAGUUCGUAACCGGAGGUACCACUGUAUAGUACAUUUUUGUAUAUUACUCUCAAGAAUAUAUGCAGGCAAACACCUGCCAGACAACUGAAAGAUCUCUCCCAUUCCUUUGGUCCAUGUUCAGCAAGGGCUGAUCCUCAAGAAAGUUGAGGAGCAAAGAUGGAGUCCUAUUGGAGUUUGUGAGCUACCCAACUAUUGAAAAUCUGGAGUUUGGGGGUCAAUUAUUCUCUAUGGAGGGGGAACGGGUCUUUCUGGAUGUUUGAAUCUUAUUAGAGAUUUAUUCCUUUGUACUAUUUAUUUCCUACAAGUUCCUGUCUUUUAUUCCAUUUACUUUGCUAAGUUUGAAGUUGAAGGGACAUGACCUUAGCUAAAGAUGACUAACUGGUUUCCUGAAUCAUUUACCUUACCUUUGGAGGAAGAUGUCAUUGUCUAUGCAGAACCCAAUUCUUUCUUGUAGGAGGUGAUAAUUAAUCUUUGCUGGCAACACAGGAUUAAUGUGCUGGUCUUUACAGUAAGUACUGGGAAGUCAGAAUAUUUACUCAUACCUCCCAGGUCACGUUUGAAGUAAGGACUAAGUACCAGGAACUUUCCCACGGCCAUUGGACCUACCAGGUUCUGUGAUGUCCUGUCCAGAUGUACAAAGCAUCCUGGGCAGUAGCAGACAACCUCAGGCAGAGGCAGCUGCUGGAACGCACCCACCCCUUUCUUCAACAGCCUUCCAGACAGCGAGAGAGAGGGGAGCUUCAGCCGCCGACGAGAUGUUCAAAGGGGUGGGCAAAGGCUCGCCAAGCAGAAGCUCCCCGAGCAAAGGGUCCCCGAUCAAGCAGCCCAAAUCCUCAAGCACAAAUGACUUGGCUGUGCUCAUCUCUCGCAUGCAAAAAAAUGCUGACCAGGUGGAAAAGGACAUCCUUGAAACACAAAACAAACUUAAGCAGGACAGCAGUUACCGCCAGCAGAACAAGCCUUUUGAGUUCCAGCAGGAGAAUGCCAAAAACCUGAAAGAGGCCGAGGUGCUACUGAAGGACCUCUUCCUAGAUGUGGACAAAGUCAAACGUCUGAAGCACCCUCAGGCCUUGGAAAUUGAAAAAGACAUCAAGCAGCUGCACGGCCGAGUGACACACCAAUGUGCCGAAUAUCGAGAUCUGUAUGAAAAGUUUACACUUCCUGAAGCUGGUUCCAAAGUGGACUGGGGAAAAAUUCUAGAACAAAAGCAGAAAGAAAUCGAUGGAGGGAAAUAUGGACCUACUAUGCCAGAGCUGGAGAAACAGGUAGCCGAACACAACAUCCUUCAGAAGGAAAUUGAAGCAUAUGGACUCCAGAUCAAGAACCUUCAUAGUCCGGAAGCAGAAGAUUUAAGGAGCCGGCACAAGAAAUUGCUGAAAGCCUCUAUCUGGAGGGGCCAGAGCUUGGGCAGCCUCUAUACACACCUCCAGGGUUGCACUAAGGAGCUGGGUUACCUCACAGAGCAGCAGAACAAGAUAUUGAGGCAGGACUGGAGUGACCAGAUGGCUGACCCCCAGUCUGCGCGGCAUGAGUACGAGGAUUUCAAAAAUAAUGAACUCCUUAACCAAGAAGAGUAUGUGAAUACCCUCCAAGAUGAUGGAGAGAGGAUGGUCGAAUUGAAGCAUCCAGCUGUGAGCCCAAUUCAGGCUCAUCAGGAAGCGCUUAAGAAUGAGUGGCAGAAUCUUCUCUACUUGUGCAUCUGUCAAGAGAACCAUCUGAAGAACAUAGAGAACUACAGAAAGUUCUAUGACGAUGCUGAUGCUGUGAGCCAUUCGCUAAACAAGCUGAACAAUGACCUUGAUACGAAAUACAGCACGUUCAACAAGGACAGUCCAGGAGUGGUGUCUGAUUUAUUCCUUCAGCUGGAAAACGAUGAGAAGUCUGUGAAACAAGCUGAGAGGAGCAUUGCUGAACUGAAAAGGAGGAGCAAGGAGAUUAGCCCUUUGAAACUCCGCAGACUCCAACCCUCCCAGCCAAUUACCGUGACUACCAUCUGUGACUGGGAUUUGAGUGAUGGGCGGCUCGAGAUGGGAGAGAAGUAUAUGAUGCAUGACAACAGCAACCAGGAAAACUGGGUCGUGCAGAAUGCCAGUAGAGAGACUAAGGUAGCACCUGCUGUUUGCUUUUCCAUCCCCCCUCCAGAUCUAGAGGCCAUAGAGAGAGUUAACAGGCUGGAAGGUGAGCUGAGCACAGUGAAGCAGAGGAGAGCUACAGUCCAGAACACCUUGAAAAGCAGCCAUAGGGAACCAGUUAAAUCCAGCCACCAGGUUCCAGUCAGAAGCACCACUGUGGCCCAGGAUGAUCCCCAAGCCGGCCAGUUGCUCCAUAAACUGGAUAACGUUGGUGGUAACUUGGACCAAGUCAAGAAUGAGAUUUUCAGCCGCCUGAGGUCUCCACUAAACCACAGUGACCCUGUAGAGGACCUUACUCAACGGAUCAGAGAGCAGGAGGGAACAGCAAGGAGACUUCAAGUCAUAGGAGCAGAAAAGGAAGCUGCCCAGAAGGAGUGUGAGGCCUAUCUUUCCAAGAAGCCUGCUGGCACCUCUGCCUCCCAGCUUCCUGUGACACUCAACAACAUCAAGAACAAAUACAAUGAUGUUAAGGUGCUCUCCAGGCUCUAUGAGGAAAAAGCCAAAGCAGGCCUGAACCUAGAGAAUCAGAUAGAGAACACAGACAAGAUCAUCAGCACCCUUGAGGCCAAGUUAUCUCAUGAUGGCAUCAUCCCAGCCUCACCCAAUGCACUGCAGGAUCGUGCCAAUGAACUUCAGAAACUGAUGCGAGAUUUGGUGAAACAUGAGGACAGCUUGCUGAAGCUGAACCGCAGCCUCAAGGAUGCUGAGCACAGCUGCAGUGCAGUGCAGAACAAUUUUGAAGAGUACUGCGCUGAUCUGCCAAGGCAGAAAAAGGAGGUCCAGCUACUUAAUGACCGAUAUCAUGCUGUUGCUGACCAGCUGGAUCACCGGGAGAAGACUCUCCGGAACACCAGCCUCACCUACCAACAGUUCCAAAAUGCCAAUGAGAACCUAAUGUUCUGGCUCAACAAUGUUCCCAAGUACCAGGUCAAGACCACAGAUGGACCCAGCCAGGUCAACUACAAGCUCCAGGCCCAGAAGAGGCUGGCAGAUGAAAUCCAGAGUAAAGAAUCUGACAAGGAUGCUGUGGUCAACUUGUCCCAGAACGUGCAGAUGGUCCUUAACGAGUAUGAGCUUCAGGCAGGAAAAUACCGAUCCUCCCUAGACCCUUCGUUGACUGCUUCUUCAGCAAAACGCCUCCGGGUCACACCACUUCAGGAGAGCAUCCAAGCACAGGAAAAAAAUGUGACAAAGCUCUUCACCGAGACAGCUGCCCAAAACAAAGAGCAAGUCAGCCGGCUGGAAUUUGCCAAGAAAGUUAUGGACAAGAAGGAAGUAGAUGAGACAGUGCACAUGAUGCACGAGCAGACCCAGCAGUCUGAAAACACAGCUGGGUCCCGUAGAGAAUCAGAAGCCCUAAAAUCUCAGCUGGAAGAGGAACGGAGCAAGAAAGCCAGGGCUCAGCAGCAGCUGGAAGAGCAGAGGAGCAAACUUCUCAUGCUGAAGACCCAACGGCCUAUUGAAAGAGUGGAGGAGAAAGAAGUGAUGGAAUACUACAGGGAUCCCACUCUGGAGAGUGACCUGUCCAAAAUAUCUAAUCAAAUUGAGAAUGAAAUUAAGAAGAGAAGGGGUCUACAGGCAGAUAUUGAGAUAAUGAACAAUAAGGUCCUCCAAAUGGAGAAAGAUAGUAAGGUUGUUAAAGCUCAGCUGCUUACAAAAGAAAUUACUAAGAUAGAGAAAGACCCAAGCCUAGAUGCCCAAGCAGCCAGACUCCGAGAGGAAAUCAGGCACCUCCAGGAGAACUCAACUUCCUCCUCCGAACUUGAACGGCUCAGGAAAGAGCUGCACUUGCUGGAGCAGAUGCAGCCAAACAUCCGAGAGAAAGUGGUGCUGAAAGAGGUGGUCAAGCUGGAGAAGGACCCAGAAAUGCUAAAAGCAGUCAGGACAUUGCAAAUGCAAAUUGACGAAGACAGCUUCAAGAGGAAGUCUCUGGUGGAUACAAUUGCUAAACUGAAAAGCAGGACUGAAGAGCUUGAAAAGCUGAUUGAAACGGCAGAACCUAAAGUCAUUGUGAAGGAGGUAAAGCAAGUGGAGCAAGACCCAGAGCUUCUGAAGGAGGCAUCCAAGCUUCAGACUCUCAUUGAUGAGGAGAGAAGCAAGAACUCGUUGCUAGCAAGCCAACUGAUGGAGCUGCAGAGCAAAUACAGCACUGUGGAAAAGCAAAAGCCUAAAGUGGAGAUUAAAGAAAGAGUCAACGAGAUAUUUCGUCUUGACCCAGAAACAGAAGAGGAGAUAGCACGUUUGAAGAAAGAGCUCCAAGAAGCUUCAAGAAAAAGGUCAAGGGUUGACCAAGAGGUGGAAAGAGCCCUGACUGAGCUCAAAGUCCUUAAGUCUCAGCCUCCUACUGUGGAGUUUAAAGAGGUCAUCAAAGAAGUGGUGAAGAUGGAAAAGAGUCCGGAGAUUCUGAGAGAAAUAGACAGGCUGAAACAGCAGCUGAAUGACCUUGUGAAUACAAAUGGCAGGUCCCAAGAACAGCUGAUCAGGCUACAGGGAGAGAGAGAUGAGUGGAAGAGGGAAAGAUCCAAGGUAGAAACCAAGCUGGUUACCAAGGAGGUUGUCCGAUAUGAGAAAGACCCUCUGUUGGAGAGAGAAGCUGAACGCCUCCGCCAGGAAGUACGUAAUGUAUCACAAAAGAGGAGAGCAACCGAAGAUGCCAUCUAUGACCUGCAGAACAAGUACAUGCUUCUGGAGAGGAGAAAACCAGAGGAAAAAGUGGUGGUCCAGGAGGUAGUUCUCACUCAGAGAGACCCAAAGCUCAGAGAUGAGCACAGCAGGCUAAGUAAGAGCUUGGAUGAUGAAGUGAGCAACCGCCGACGCCUGGAACGUGAAGUCCAGCAGCUUCGAGCUGCGGUGGAAGAGAAAGAGAAGCUGCUUAACUUCCAAGAAGACAGAAACAAAAGGCUAGCCUUGGAAAAGGAAAUGCGGCAGAUCACCUUGAGGAUAAAGGAAAUUGAGGAGAGCCCAGCCCCAGUGCAGGAAAAAAUAAUCACAGAGGAAGUGGUCAAGGUAGAGAAGGAUCCUGUUCUGGAGCAGUCCAGCACCAACCUGCGAAUUGAACUGGAUAACGAAAAGGCUCAAGUAUCGAGCCUGCAGAGGGAAUGUAAGAAACUUCAAUCCCAGAUUGAUGUUCUGCAAAAAGCAAAGUCUCAGGAAAAAACCAUCUACAAGGAAGUAAUCAGAGUAGAAAAGGAUAAGGUGCUAGAAAAUGAGCGAGCUCGUCUCUGGGAUCUGCUAAGCAGAGAGAGAACAGCCCGGCAGAAUGCAGAAGAAGAUAUCAGGCGUCUCAAGGAAAAGAUUGAAAGAGCAGAAGGCAUGACGAGAACAUGGUCCAAAGAAGAAGCCGAUCUCCAAAGAACUCGCAAUCUGACAAGGCAAGAAAAAGACAAUCUUGAGAAUGAAUUAAACGAACUAGAAAGGCAGAAGCACCAGAAAAUCCUUUUCCUUAGAGAGCAGACCAAGCUCCUGAGCCAAAGGACAGAGAAUGACAGACAAAAGAAGAUGCAAAUUGGUCAAGAGCUUUCUUCCCUUGAAGCAGACAUACUUAGAGAGAAGGAUCAGAUCUAUGAAAAAGAGAGGGCUAUCCGGGAACUCCAAACCAGAGUUAACAAGGAAGAACUGAACCAUGAGACCCAGAUGAGAGAAACUAACCUCUCCACAAAGAUUUCUAUUCUGGACCCAGAGACUGGCAAGGAUAUGUCACCCUAUGAGGCAUAUAAGAGAGGCAUGAUAGAUCGAAGUCAAUAUAUUCAGCUGCAAGAACUAGAAUGUGAUUGGGAAGAAAUCACAACGCUGGGACCCAAAGGCGAUGUUUCUGUGCUCCUUGACAAGAAGAGUGGGAAGCAGUACUCCAUUGACGACGCCCUGCGCUUUAGGAGGAUCACAAAAGAAGAAUACCAGCUCUACAAGGAAGGCAAGAUCCCCAUCUCUGAGUUUGCUCUGCUGGUAGCAGGAGAAACUAAGCAAAAUUCCUCCCUUUCUAUUGGUUCAAUCAUUUCCAAGUCUCCAGUUUCAUCCCCUGUUUUCCAGCAAAAGCAGAGCUUCUUCCCUCCUGGCGUGCAGAUAACCUUCUGUGAUGAUACCUUCCCCAUUGCCGGUGUGUAUGACACUACCUCCGACAACAAGUACAACAUAAAGUCUGCACUUAGCAAGAAGCUGGUGGACCCAAUGACUGCUCAAAAGCUUCUAGAGGCCCAAGCGGCUACUGGAGGCAUUGUUGACCUUAUCUCACGUGAUCGAUACUCUGUCCACAAAGCCAUUGAUAGAGGGCUGAUAGACAACACUUACAUGCAAAGGCUGCUGAAUGCUCAGAAAGCUUUUACAGGGAUUGAAGAUCCAGUCACCAAGAGAAGGCUGUCUAUAGGAGAGGCAGUCCAGAAAGGGUGGAUGACCAAGGACAAUGCCUUUCCCUAUUUACAGGUCCAACAUCUGACUGGAGGGCUAAUAGAUCCCAAGAAAACUGGCCGUAUCCCAGUGCCAGAAGCUUCCCAGGCUGGCAUGCUUAGCAGUGAUCUGGCCAUGAUGCUACAAGAUGAAUCCAGCUAUGAAAAGGAUCUUGUUGACCCCAUCACCAAAGAGAAGAUUAAUUACAAGGAAGCCAUGGCUCGUUGCCGGAAAGAUCCUCUAAGUGGGCUCCUUCUCCUUCCAACCACAUCUGAUGGAUACCAGUCAUAUCAGUUCAGGCACUGAGAAAAUAAGAAAUCCUCAACAGAGCUCAUAUACUGUACACAGAUUAACAGAGUGCCUGGCAGUUCUAAAUGGCUGUGUGCUAUUCUAGAUUGCUAGUCUUACUUCACUUAACAAGGCAGCAAUGCACCUUUAAGAUGCAUUUCUGAAGGUAGAAGGGUUCUAAUGCAGGAGUUACUGUAUAACAGUGGUUCCCAAACUUCCCCAACCUACCCCAUGGACCACUAGAAAAAUGUUGAGGGUCUUUGCAGAUCUCUUAAUGAUUUAUCUGCCUGUUGUAGCAAUUGUGAUGUGCUGUGCUAGAUGAUUUUUCAUUGUCUUUUUACAGAAAUGCUGCAGGCCACCCGAAUGAAGCUUAUGGACCACUAGUGGUCCAGGGACCAGUUUGGGAACCCCUGCUGUAUACUAUAGGGAAAUAAAUGGGAUUUUAAAAAUAAACAGAUAUGCUUGGGAAACUUUUACUCUGUGCCUUCAUGGCAAGUUUAAAGGGUUGUGUAUCAAGGAGCUUUGAGUUAGAUGGUUGUCAUGCAUGCAAUAAAAAAGUUAAAAGAUUGAA